UAAAAGCCAUUUCCCCCAGCAGUUGCAACAUCGCAGCUUCAGCUCGUGUCCGUACUGCAGUACGGUUCAAGCCAGCGGAGACUUUGGAGUUUUUAACCUGGAGCGAUAGCUUUGGAGUACCUAUGCAUCUGAACAGGUCGGAAAAAGAAAUGCGCAUUUUCCUGCUUCAGGAUUAGCAGAUGCUCACAUGGAGUCGAGGGUCCCUCACCACAUUCCCGGAGUCUCCACUUCCGUCAUGGUGCAGCCCCUGCUGAACGGCUACGGACGGCUGCAGCACCCGCUCUCCAUCUUCCCCAUCGACCAGAUCAAAUCCUCUCGCGUUGAGAACGACUAUAUUGACUGUCCGGCGGUGGUGUCACGGCAGCCUCCCAGCCAGAAGGGGGCGCGGGCGCCGCCUGACUGCCUGCCGCGCUGUGAGCCCCGUGACGUCACGCACCCCUGGAUCUCCUUCGGGGGGCGGCCAGGCUCCAUCAGCAGCUGCAGCAGUGGCAGCACCUCCUCUGAUCAGAGGCUCCUGGACCACGCGGCGCCUCCGCCCACAGCUGGGCCUGCCUCCGGCUCCCCCCGCCUCGCCAACCCACAGGCCCCCAAGGCCACAGGGGUCGUGGAUGGACACACGCCGCCCUGUCGCCACUGUGGCAGGUGUCGCUGCACGGAGUGUACCCUGCCCAGGACGCUGCCCUCCUGCUGGGUGUGCAACCAGGAGUGCGUGUGCUCAGCCCAGACCGUGGUGGACGGCACCACCUGCAUGUGCCUCGUCAAAGGCGUCCUCUACCACUGCACUGAUGACGAGGAUGACGAGGGAUCCUGCGCCGAGAGACCCUGCGCCUGCUCCGGCUCCCACUGCUGUGUCCGCUGGACCUUCAUGGCGUCCCUGUCUUUGGUGCUGCCCUGCCUGCUCUGCUAUGCACCAGCCACUGGCUGUGCCAAGCUCUCGCAGAAGUGCUACGACCGUGCCAGCCGGCCCGGGUGCCGCUGCAAGCAUCCGCCCGUCUGUAAGGGCACCGAGGAGGACGGCGUGGGGGGUGGUGUGGACAAGCGGCUCUCCUGAUAGGCCGGGCCCAGCCAGCCCCAGCUGCGGAGGCUCUGAGGAGAUCAAGCCCGCAGCUGAGAUUAUGGUACUUAAGAGGGUUUGUUGACCUUCUCCUCGUAUGACUGAACUCUAGACGCCCUCCAACAGUGCAUGGCGGUCAACGGUCAACAUGUGACCAAGACGGCAGUAACCUAGCGACGACGGCUAAGUCCCUGCAGUCUGUCACCCUGCUCUCUCCACAACGCUGCACUCUCUCUGCCUGCAGAUGCGGUUGUUUUCAUAGUUCAGCUAAAUGUGUUAAAGGACCUUGCACAGAGCAGCCAUGCUGGCCUGCUGGCUGGGGAUUGGCCUCACUUCCAUCGAGCAGACAACACAAACGGUACCAAUUAACAUUUGUCCACUCUAUACACCCCCAGUCCAAAUGUUGUUCUGAUAAUCCAGCUUCCCCUUUCAGAAGGGAGUUGAAUUUCACAUGAACAAUGUAGGAGUGUUUAUUGGCCUUUAUUCGAACAUAGAAAAUGUUCUAUGAGACACGGAUAUCUGAUUCCAAUUUAAAAACACAGUUCAGCAUGUCUGCGACAUUCAGUCGUAAUGCACCUAGAAUGUGUGGUAAAGCAGGAACGCGGGUGGCUGUAGGGAAAGAGCUCAGGGAGAUCUCACUCACUUCCAGCACACGGGGCGGGCUGCUCCGCUACUCUUCCUGAGCAGAUAACACGCGUUCACUUCCCCGUCGAUUCCAAGGGGGGACAUGAGAAUUGCAACAUGUCAGCGGAAAAUGCUGUUUUCAUGGAUUUCAAGCAUCCGAUUCAAGGAGAGGGGAAAAAAAAAAAACGUAGCAAGACUUGCACAAGCCUUUUCGGUUGUUUUCUUUCUUUAUGAUCAAGCAAACCCUACAUGUAAACACGGGGACAGUAUUACACAGGACCUCAGUUAGCAUCAGUCACUGAUCUCCCAAUCCAUGCAUCACAUGCCGUUUCUAUUUUGAGUAUAGUCUGCGAUGUGCUGCUGUUGCCCUUAAUGUUGUAAAGGAUAUAGUCUUAUUGUAAAUACUUAAAGUUUUCCCAUAAGAUCUAUUUUAGUGAUUAUUAUGGUAUUCCAGGGCUUUAGCCAAAGGAGUAUAGAGCGCUAUUUAAAAUUUUAUUUCUCUCUUGUUUUGUGCACUCAAACUGAGCGGAAAAGCUCAGGAUGCUGCAUCCCUACAUUCAUGCACGGAUGCUGUCCUCUCUGCCCCACCUUCCAGAAGGUUCCUCAGUCGUCUGUCACACUUCCUGGCAUUAGCUGCAGAUAUGCAAACCCCUGGGGGACAAAGGAGAAGUGGGUGAUGAAAGCUCAGCCCACAAACAGCUGUCACUCAUCAGGGUCCCCCUAAGGAAGAUGGCAGAUGGACAGUGGUGGCAGUCGUGGGGACCUGUCUCCUUGUACAUGUUGUGCUGCCGUCCUGUAGGACAAAACUACGUGGUACUUAAGUACGGUUGAGAACAGGGAGCUUGAUGGAGGACACAGCAGCAACCACCGAUUUCUUUGAAUACUUUUCUUGUUCAUUAAAAAUACCUCUCGCUCAUGCAAUUGGUGCCUCAUUGCAAAGAUGGGGCUACGCUCAUUUUUUCUGAGCCCACAGACUCGUCAAAUCGCUUUAGUUCCAUUUGGUUCCAUCAAACUUGACUUUUAUCCACCCUAUUCCAAGACCAGUUGACAAUUAAUUUUAAAAAAUGAUGAACAUUCCAGAUUCCCUGACUUUCAAUGAGGAAAAGGAGCCUUCAUCCAUUUUGGUAAUGAAGAGCUGCUUCUUUACCCACCUGGCCUGGUAAACACACGUGUAACCACAAGUCCCACUGUAACUGUAGUCUUAUUAACUGGCCAAUGAACAGUUUGCUCCCACGGAGACAUCGCCUGAAUCUGACGGUCCUUCCAUACUUGUCUGAGAUCAUAUCCUGUGGAUAGCGAUAGUUAUAUUACCCCUAACCCUCCUUUCACACCGAUGGCUUCAUGUACUCUCUGUGCCAUUUAAAUGUUGAGGAAAAUAAUCUAUAUUAGUUUUUGUCAUGUUUAAGAAACUCACAAUUUCCCUUUAUAGAAAUAUUUAUUUUGAAGUUCUAUUUUAUAUAGUAUUUAUUUUUGCUUUUUUUUUGUUUGUGAUGAAGAGUUUUAAAAGCCUUGUCAAAACAGAAUGUACAUUGAAAUUAAAUAUAUAUAUUGUUAAACAUAA